ACAUUGUGAACAAGUGAUACUUUUGACAUGUCAGUAGGACAACAAAUGUAUCAAUCUGCUCUUGUUUUACCGACUCUGACAAUAUUUACAUUGUUACCUUCAACCCUUUGAUUGCGCAAAAUCAUUACACUUGCGUACGAGGGUGAAAUUCACCCCCGCGUAUUUUUAAUAAUAAAAAUUUACUUGAAAAAUAAAUUUUCUUUUUAAUAAACUUACCUAAAUGUAGGACCUAAAUAGUCAUCAAUACUUUCAAUUUCUUGAAUAAGUAAAUCGUAAUUCUGCAUAUUUAUAAAUAAAUCAAAAAUUAAUUAUUAUUUGUCAUUUAUCAUGGAUAUAAACACCCUCUUCAGUAUUGCUUAAGACUGUUUUUAUGUAACACAAUACAUAACCUAGUUCAAUCACAUUAUCUUUUCAUGAAAAUCCGUCGCAUGAAACUGUCAUGGUCGCUAAUGGCUGCUUGCGUUCAUCACGCAGCGGUUUGUCAUAAAUACAGUGAAUGUUAAUUUGGGGUUUUUUAACAUCUAAAAUUUAAUUUUAAAGUUUAAAAAUAUCACCAAUUAUUUUGUGUUAGUUAUAAAUAAUUUUUUUCGAUUUAAAAGCAAAUAAUGUGCUAUGUUUAUACAUUCAGUGGCUCGUAAUUAUGACUGCAUUAAAAAAUAAUUAAAAUUUAUUUACUUGUAAACUAGAAAUCAUAUGAUAGUGAGUAUUCUGAAAUAUUGAUCGAUUCACAAAUAAGAUCAAUUAUUUUCAAGUGAAAAAAUUAGUGGCAAAAUAAAUUCCAACACUAUGGCUCCUGUACCAUUGGAAGGACAUCAAACUCCUGUAGCGAACAAUAUGCCGCAGGAAGGAAAUCGUGGAGGUUCUAUAUCAUUAGGAAUUCUUAUUGAUUUCAUCAUCCAAAGGACUUACCAUGAAUUAACUGUUCUAGCAGAAUUAUUACCCCGAAAAACUGAUAUGGAAAGGAAAAUAGAAAUUUAUAAUUACUCAGCAAGAACAAGGCAAUUAUUUGUUAGACUUUUGGCGUUAGUAAAAUGGGCAAAUAGUGCUUCAAAGGUCGACAAAUCAGCACAUAUAAUGGCUUUUCUGGAUAAACAAUCGAUAUUAUUUGUCGAUACUGCAGAUAUGUUAGCAAGAAUGGCUAGGGAAACCCUCGUUCAUGCAAGAUUACCAAAUUUUCACAUACCUGCUGCAGUAGAGGUGCUCACUACUGGUACGUAUGGUCGUCUACCGGCGUGUAUUAGAGAAAGAAUCGUUCCUCCCGACCCAAUAACGCCAAUGGAAAAGAGAACAACUCUGCAAAGAUUAAAUCAAGUGAUUCAACAUCGCUUGGUAACAGGAAAUUUACUCCAACAAAUGCGAAAUUUGAAAAUAGAGGCUGGAAGAGUAACUUUUCUGGUGGAACAAGAAUUUUCAGUAUCUCUUACAGUUAUGGGUGAUGGACCGAAUGUUCCUUGGCGAUUACUGGAUCUUGAAAUCCUUGUAUCAGACAGGGAAACUGGUGAUGGAAAAGCAUUAGUUCAUCCAUUGCAAACUAGAUAUGUUCAUCAACUUGUUCAAUCAAGGCUUGCAGAAAGUUCAAACUCACUCUCAGAAGCUUAUUACAUUCUUCAUUAUUUUUGCCAAUCACUUCAACUUGAAGUUUUAUAUUCACAAACUCUUCGAUUAAUUCGAGAUAGAUUAGAUGAUCACAUCCAUGUGGAUGAAUAUACUCCAGGAAAAUGUUUAUCGAUAUCUUACUGGCGAGAGUUAACAACAAAAGAUCCUAAAUCUGAACUUGGAUAUAAAUUAACGGUUCAUGUAGACCAUAAUGAUCCAGCUAAACCUCUUGCAGUCGUUCAUGUUCCUUCUUUAGGAAGUAAAGAAGGAGAAAUAGCUGAUAGAGCUAUUAGAUCUGAUCAAUUAUCUAUGGAAUGUUUGCUUGUCCAUACUAUUUAUGUUCGAACAAGAUCAAGACUUACAGAAUUGAAGCAAGAAUUUCAAAGUAUGUUCAAAGAUGUAGAGUGUACCCUAUCCGGAUCACCAGCAAUAUUAGCAGUGCCAGUUCUACAACCUUGUUUACGUGCUGAACUUCUUUUGGUAACAGUUGAUACUCAUACGGGAAUGCUUCAAUGCCAUGUGCCUCAAUAUGAUGCUCCUCUUGUACCAGAUUUAACUGCAGCUUUAAAUGGUGAUCAUUCUCGUUUACCAGUGUUAAUAUCAGAAUUACGAUUUUGGAUUACUCAACGUCGAUGUGAAAAAACUCUUCAACAUUUACCUGCAACGUCUCAUGAAAGACUUCCUGUUCUUCAUAAUCCAGAUCAUCCAAUGUCUAAAAUAAGCAGACAUCGAAUGUUUGUGCGUUUACACAGGCAUCCAACAGUAAUUUUGAUUGUUGCAUUUAAAGAAAAAGAGUUAUCUCCAUGUGAAAUUGAGUUUUCAUUCUAUUUAGCUGUAGUGAAACCAAGUUCAAUUGAAGAUGAUCCACAUGAUGAGAGUAUUGAGACUGAAAUUCCAAAGAUGUAUUUAAAAGUUCAAAGCUUGAUAGAAUUUGAUACAUUUGUGAUUACUCAUGGUCCAUUCACCAGUGUUGAUACUGAUGUAUCUGAUAAAGGAAAUAAUAAAAGACGAAGUUCGGGACCUCCUGGGCGUACUGAUGCAUCAGGUACUCUUCUACAUAGACGACCAAAGCAUCCAGCAUAUUUUAUUCCUGAACUAGCACAUGUUGUUGCACUCUGUGAUGAGAGAAUUCCAUUUGUUAAUCUAGCACAGGAAUUAACUAAGAGAGAUAUUGCUCAUCAAGGUCUUCAAGUGGAGGCCAAUGCAACAGCAUUAGUAUUGAAACUCGUUCAAUUAUCAGCACCAUCAACGAAUAUUAGUUCAAGUAGUGCUUGGCAAUCAUUGCUGAAGAGAUUACUUAGUGUUUCCAUUCGAGUUCAAGUUAAAGGAAUGGCAAAAACGUGGAUGGCAGAAUUUGUAUUCUACAGUAGUCCUUUGACGAGCAGUCAUCCUAAAGAACAAGGAUUAAGAAGACCUGUAUAUUUUCAAUAUGAAAUGGGAACUGCUGAAACAGUUUCAAGGACUGUUGAUUCAUUAUUAAAUGAUUGGGCGCAGAUUGUACAUCUUUAUUCUAUCGUCCAAGACUUGGCAGAAUAUUUUAAAAUGGAAAAGUAUAAUUUGAGAAACAUGGUCAGUAUUAAGUCUUAUAACUACAGUAAAUUAAUUCUAGCCUAUGGACCAAACCGUUGUGCAACUGUAACCAUUUUCUGGAGUACUAAUGAUAAAGCUUUUAAACUUAUUUUUGCUAAAAGUUCAACAAAUACAACAAUAAAUGCGCACUCAUUAAUGAAAGAACAGCUUGAGGCUCAUCUUAAUCGUCAUAGAAAUCUAGCGCAGAUUAUCCAGAUUCUUAAUGAAACUCUUCAACCACUUAUUUCUAUCAGCAAGUUACCAAUUAUACCUCAACUUGGUGUACACAAUUCUCGACCUCAAGUUCCUGUUCAGACUUUCACAAUCAUACCUCAAUGUGUUACACUGGUGAGGAUUGCUUAUCAAGGAAUGUACUGUUUAGAAUUGAGGUUACGAGGUGGAGGAUUAGUCAGUUUACGUGAUGGUGCUUACAGCAGAUUCGAUAGGAGUAAUGUUGUAGAUGAAUUUACUCCAACUCAAGGACUAAAAACGUUCCUUUCAAAGUACGUGGAUGAAAGUGCAGUAUUCCGAAGACGUUCACAAUCAGAAGAUGAUAAUCCACCUUCACCAGUCACAAUGGAUAACGAUACAGGAGUGGGUGGAUUUAUGGGCCACCAUCGCAGUGGCCCACAAUCUCCAGCUCAACAACGCGAUGGAUUAAGAUUCCAUCCGCCUUUGACUCCACCAUCAGGUAGUAAUCCUCACACUCCAGCUAGUCCUCAUACAGCAAAUAUUUCUCAAACAGGCCAACACCAAAGUUUUGGCAGCAGUCCAGCUACCUCAUUUAAUCUUGCUUCUCCGCCUUCUUUACCACCGAACACACCUAACAUGUUACCUCAUCCGUCACCGGGAUCAGGACUAGUGGCCAAUAGUCCCUUAAGUCAAAUGCAUGUGCCAAGUCCAGCGGGACUAAUGCCAACAUCAUCACCGGGACCUUGUAGUAACGUACAGGUCGGUCAUUCACCUGCAAGUUCAUUUAUGCAGUCUGCGCAUUUAGAAGGAAGCCCAUUCCCUUCGUCUCAAAGCAUGGCAUCACCAGCUGCAUCUAAUUGGCCAGGAUCACCGAGCGUUCCAAGACCAUCACCAGCUAGACCUGGUCAGAGUCCAGGUCAUGCUGCUUUGCAUAGUCCUCAAGCAUCAGAUCAUAGAGUAGGCAGUCACAUAUCCAGAGUUUUACCUCAAAGAUCGUGGGCUGGUGCUGUACCUACUCUUUUAACUCAUGAAGCUUUGGAUUUACUUUGCACUCCAUCACCACAUCCUGCUGGACUUCCAGGACCUGAUCUUUCACCUUUAGAAAGAUUCCUCGGCUGUGUUUAUAUGAGAAGACAAUUACAAAGGUUCAUUCAAGCUGAUGAAUGUCUAACUGCUGUAAAUAGUACGGAACCAGGUGUUGUACAUUUUAAGGUCGAGACCUUGCAAUGUCGAGUUGGCUUGAAUCCUCAACAUUUACAAUCAUUGCAUAUCAAAGUUCAACCUCUUCCUGAACAUAAAGAUCAAUGGACAUUAGAAGAAUUACAAAUCAUUGAAAAAUUCUUCGAUACUCGUGCAGCAGCUCCACCAUAUAAACCUAACACUCUCUCAGGAUUUGGAAAAAUGCUAAAUGUUCCUUUCAAUGUACUUAAAGACUUUGUACAAAUUAUGAAGUUGGAAUUAGUACCUGGUCUAGCACAGCAACAGCAGCUUAAAUGGUCGGUUCAAUGGUGUUUAAGAACACCACCAUCAGCUACUCCAAUAGUUCCUACGGGGAUGGCAGCUGUAUUAGUUUGCCGGAAUAAGAUUCUCAUUUUCUUACAAAUUACACGAAUUGGAAUUUCUUAUCAAGGAGAACCACCCUCAUUAGUUCUACCUUUAGUAUACGACGUGACUACAAAUAUAACUCAACUAGCGGAACGCAGAGAUCCCGGCCCGGCAACAGUAAGCUCAGCCGCAUCAAUGCAACUCAAGAGAUUCUCGGAAUACGGUAUAAAUCCUUCCGAGUGUUCUUUGUUCCCAGCAGUAAGAGAUCUUCUAGCAAACUUAACUUCACCAUCUGAGCCUCCAGUUAUUUCCCAGGUCGUUGUAUCGCCUGCAGCUGGUCAAGUGACGCCUACACAGCAAAUUCAAAGUCCAGCAAUGCAGUUGCAUUCACCAAUGGCCGGAGGACAAAUGACUGGAGGACAAAUGGCUGGAGCUCAAGGUCCACCUCAAGGGCCAUUUGGAAUGCAGGGGAUGCCUACGAUGGGAAUGAUGGGUGGUCCACCUCAAUAGGAUUUACCAGUAAAAAUGCAAAAUUGGGGCUCCAGCCCAUUUAUGCCGGGACAAUUACUUUAAUAAAUAUAAAAGAGCUCGAGAAAGCAUCUUUUUACGAGGAAUAACGUAUUUUUAGUACUAUUUUACGUUCAACGUCUACGGCAAAGUUCAAAGAAGACAAGUUGUACAUAUAUUAAGCUACAUAAAAUAAUUAGUAUUCGAUCGAGAAAAAAAAAGAUUUAUUUCAAAUGAUUAUUUCUAGUAAAUUAUUACAUUGAAGUAAUAGCUAAUGUUUAUAAAAACUGAUGUA